UUCUCAGCUGGCGAUCGGCGCUCGCCUUGCCAGAGGACUUAAAAUAAGCCACAGCCGCGGCUACGGUCUAAGCUGCUGCGUCGCUUCCAAAGGGCUUGAGCUCAUUUCCUUGGCCUGAGGCCAGUAUAUUCUUUCUGGUACGUGCGCGUGUAUGUGUGCGUGAGAGAGAGAGGGGCGGAGGUUGCUCUACACAAGUCGGUCUUAUUAAACUGCGGGGCCAGCACGCAGCACCGAGCAUAGACCCCCAGACUGCCUUCCCCGGCUGCGUGCCUGCGAGCGACACGCUCAGGAAGGGGGCCAGACUCGACACAUCGAACCGCGCGCGCGCGCACAGGGGACCAGACGGACAGACGGCACCGACCGACCGACCGAUAAGCAGCCAGACGAGCAGGCGCGCUGCUCGCGGACAGCCAUCUCGACACGUCGACAGAGCCGCGUGUGCAGUGGAAGGGCACAGAGAGCGCGGCGAGAGAGUCUGCAGUCGAAGCGCAGUCAUCGGCGUUGUGCUUCCGCACGCACGCAUCGUCUCGCUGCUCCCUCGAGCGGCCAGGGAGGGAGAGGCGGGUAGCGUUGCUCCGUAUUCGCUUUUGGUUUUAACUGAUCGAGUAAGGGAAAGGGGACUCGAUGCGAGACAGCCACUCGGCAAAGAACAACAACGACGCUCCGUGGGUUUGAAACAACGCGCGCGCUACAGGCGGACGGAGUGGACGGGAGAGCGACAAACUUGCAGCAGCAGUAGCAGCAGUAAGCCUAGCGUCACGCAAUCACAGCUCAAGCAACAACAACAGCAGUAACAACUAACGCAGCUAUAACAGCAGCAGCGACGACAGCGGAGAGACGUAAUUCAACGGCGAUCCGCGACACUGCUGCAGGACUUUGUACGGCAACAGCAGCAGCAGAAGCAGCAGUAGCAGAAGCAGCAGCAGCAGAAGCAGCAGCAGAAGCAGCAGCAGGAGCAGCAGCAGCAGAAACAGCAGAAGCAGCAGCAGCAGAAUCAGCAGCAGCAGCAAAAGCAGCAGCAGCAGCGAACGGCAGGUGUCUCCUCCCUUCAACUCGCGCGCCGCUCCGGCUGUAGCCAAGAGUGGGUCGCGCGUAAAGAGCGCAGGCACCACGUGCAGUAGCGGCUGCUGCAACAAGGACGGACUCUAAGGGGCUGUCAGAGCCCGUGGUGACGAGUCUCACUCGCCUCCAGCGCUGCCCAUCGACCGUGGCGGUGUCUGCCCGCUUUGGUUGUACCCUGGUUUAGUUUCGUUCACUGUCGGUGCUCGCUGCGAGCUAUGCGGAGCGGAAUGUCGUCGCUUCUUUGCGCGCCACUGUUCCUGCUGCUGCUGCUCAGCCAGGGAGCGCGCCCCGGGAGUGCCGUGGGAGCUCAGUCGGAGAUGCUGAAGGCGUCACGCAACGCGCCUAAGACAAGGAACGAUGGUGUAGCCGAGGAGACGGUGUACGUGCUGGGCGACGGAUUCCUGCAGAGCCCUCGCUUCCCGUUGGGCUACCCGCGCGGCUUGGCCCUGCAGUGGCGGCUCCUGGCCAAGGCUGGCGCACGAAUUCAGCUCGGAUUCGACGAGAGAUUCGGUCUGGAGGAGCCCGAGCACGGCGUGUGCAAGUACGACUACGUGGAGGUGGAGGACGUGGCGGACGGCGCCAGCAGCGUGCGGGGCCGGUGGUGCGGGGCCAAGGCGCCCAGCGGCAAGCAGAUCUCCAAGUCGAACCAGUUGCUCGUGCGCUUUCGCUCCGACGAGUACUUCCCCGCCAAGCCGGGAUUCCGCCUCUACUACUCGUCCGUGGACACGGAGCUGUCUGGCGGCACAGGCCUGGCGGUGGGGACCCUACACAGAGGACCCGUCGGCACCGGCACGGCCUCCGACUCCGCCACCGGCGCCAUGCUGCCGAUCGGCACCGCGCCGCUAACCGGGGUCCGCGGCGCGGCCCUGCCUCCGGACGCCGGUGCCGCCGCGGCGGCGACGGGGACGCUGGCGGCGAGGGGCGCGGUGCUCGCCGCUCACCACGCGGGGCAGACGCAAUUGGGCGCCGGCAGCCCCUUGGCCGCGGCGGCGUCGGCGCCGUCCGGAGGAGGGGCCGCCGGCACGGGUUCGCAGCGGCGUCUCGCCGACAAGCCGGCCGAACCGCCGGCGGGCACGGGUUCCCACCCACAGCAGACGCUCGGAGCGAGGGUCCCCGCGGGGAUGCUCUCCGGCGGCACGGUCGGCACGGUUCUGCCGCAGCGAGCGGUCGACAGGCCGGAAGAGGCGACGGGAGUUACGGGGACGCAGUCGCAUCAUCAGCGUACGCCAACGCACGCAGCGAGGGUUCCCGUGGGAACGCACGCCGGUGGCACCGGCGCCCACCGCGCCGCCGAUAGGCCGGAAGAUGCAACGGGAGGCACGGGAGGGCACUCGCAUCGCCAGGGCUCGCAGACGCAAGGCGCCGGGGUGCCGGUGGGAACCCACCUCGGCGGCACCUUCGCCGUCGGUUCCCACCGUCACGUCGAGAAGUCGGCAGAAACUCCCACCGGGAGCACGGCGGUGCAGGCGCACGGAGCGAGGCUCCCCGUGGGCACACACUCGGCGUGGUCCGCGGGUUCCCACCGCGUCGCCGACAAGCCAGAAGACGCGUUGGGAAGCGCAGGGUCGCAGUCGCAUCCGAUGAGGCAGAGGCUUGUCGUGGGCACGCACGCGGCCGGCACGGCCGGCACCGGCUCGCACGCUGCCGGCUCGCACGCGGCCGGCACGACCGGCACCGGCUCGCACGCGGCCGGCUCACACGCUCCCAUCGACAAGGCGGUGGUGGCGGAAGUGCCGCCAGAAAGCACGGGCACGCAGCCGCACCACAGCACGUACACGUACCGGGCCAGGCACCCGGCGGGAACGCACGUGAGCGGCGUCAGCAGCAGCAGCGUCAGCCGCGGCGUCGGCUCAGAAUCCGAGAAGUCGGCUGGCACCGGCGCUGGCUUGCCGGUGCAUGGGAUGGCGAAACUGCCCGUGGCCACGCUCGCGAGUGGGACGCAGCACCGUGUCGCGGAUCGGCCGGCCGAGGCGACGCCAGGAACUCACGGCGGGGACGCUCACCACACCGCCGUGGGCGCCAGGCAGCCCGGCGGCGGCGCGGGCCUGCAGAACGUGAGCAAGCACCUCGCCGACAUGCACGCCCAGAAGCGCGCGCACGAGCACGGCAAGCUCGGCACCGGCAGCGUCGCGGGCGGGGACAAGCACACGGCGGAAGCGGCCAAGCACCCCAUGAGCACCCUGGAGGAGGAGAAGCCCCACGUGGGCAGCAAGCAGCACGGUGCCGACGCCGCUCUGGCGGUUGGAACGCGAGCCAAGGAGCUGGCCGUUUCUGCCAGCACGCACCAGGAUGGGGAGCACCAGCACCAGCAGCAUCACCAGCAUCACCAGCAGCACCAGCAGCACCAGCAGCACCAGCAGCAGCAGCACCAGCAGCAGUAUCAACACCAACACAAGUCGCACCAGUCGCAACAGCAUCAGCAGCAUCACCAGCAGCAUCAUCACCAGCAGCAGCAGCAGCAACCACAGACGGCGCUCAGCAGGGUUCCCGUCGGGACGUCGCUAAGUGCGGAGACGCACGUCCCGGCGCGACACGGGCACCAGGCGGACGCGCUCCCUGCCGCCACCGCGUACUCCCUGGGCACGCACGGCGGGGCCGGUGCCGCCGGUGGGGCCGCUGGUGCCGCGGGCUCAGCGGCGCCCGGGGCACCGGGGACCCUGGGCCCUCCGCUGGCGAGCUCCGCCAUGGAGGUGCUUUCGCACACGCUGUCCGCGUUCGAGACGCUGGAGGACAUGGUGAAGUUCCUGGAGCCCGAGUCGUGGCAGGUGGAGCUCGACAGGCUGGCCUUCUCGGUCCCGCAGGCUCGCGGGAGGAGCUCGGCUCACGGCCGCCGCUGGAACGGGGAACUCAACCUGAACCGCCUGCGGGAGGAGGUGCGCCUCUACAGCUGCACGCCGCGCAACUACUCGGUGUCGCUGCGCGAGGAGCUGGGCCGCACCGACACCGUCUUCUGGCCGAGCUGCGUGCUCGUGCGCCGCUGCGGAGGGAACUGCGCCUGCUGCGCCCACAACUGCACGCAGUGCCGCUGCAAGGCCACGCGCACGGCACGCAAGGUGCACGAGGUCUUGCAGAUAAAGGCGUGGAGAGGAAGCUUCCACAAGAACCUGACGGACGUGCACCUGGAGCACCACGAGGCGUGCCAGUGCACCUGUGCCAACGGGGUCAACGGAUAAAUCGUGACCAAGUCACCCACAAACGAAUAAUAAUCGCACUUAUGGCUGCACCACAACCAACAGCGACAACAGCAGCGACGACGACGACAGCAGCAGCAGCAGCGCAAUCCAGCAGUCACAGCCUCAAUGCCAAAGACAAUUUGUCAGCA